AAGAAUUUUGAAAUUAUGAUGUGCAGGAAGUGCAUUAUUAGCACGAACCUAAUAUGCUGGUUAAGUUUGCUGUUGCAAGGACUUGAAAUUCAAGGCAACUUAGAGUCACGCAUUAUAAAUGGUCAAGAAGUGAAAUGGAAUAGUACGCGCUAUCAGGUUUCCAUACGUUUGGAAGAUAUUGAUCGUUAUUUUUUUGGUGUUGGCCAUUUGUGUGGCGGCAGUAUUAUUUCACGUAAUGCAAUUCUAACAUCAGCUCAUUGUAUAUGGAAUGCCAACAGUAAUAGCUUUUACCCGGCCAGUAAAUUUUCCGUGGUAAUGGGAAAUUUGGAUCGCAGUUUAAACGAUGGAAACUCGCUUAAAUUGGGCGUUAGUAAAAUAAUAACUGGAACACAUUUCAAUUAUGGCACCUUUCAAGAUGAUGUUGCUGUUAUGUUUCUAAAUCAAUCCAUACCGACAAAUUUUACCCGAGCGGAAGUGAUUGAAAUAAAUGAGAAUAUGAAUUUAACAAAUACUAAAACCUGCAUUGUAACCGGCUGGGGUUUAACCGAAAAAAAUACCUACACCAGAAAACUUAUGUUUGUUGAAGUGCCCAUUGUAAAUAGAGCAAACUGUUCUCUAAACUAUGGACCCGAGACCAUAUUGGAUGGCAUGUUGUGUGCCGGUUAUAUGAAGGGUGAAUUUGAUGCCUGCUCUGGUGAUUCGGGUGGUCCUUUGGUUUGUGACAACAAACUUGUGGGCAUCGUAUCAUUUGGUUUGGGUUGUGCUAUACCCGGUUAUCCUGGUGUAUAUACUAAUGCCGCUUAUUAUUAUGAUUGGAUUUAUAAACAGGCUGGUUUAACUACAAAAAGUAAUGAAUUAUCUAUCGAUUCUAUCGAUUCUUUCGAUUACUUAAUUAUUAAUACCACUUCCACCGUUGAUAGUUCAACGGCUAAAAUUCUUUACAGCAAUUUUAUAAUUAUUUGCUUAGUUUGUGUAAAUUUAAUUAAAUAUAAAUGUUUACUGUAAUAGAA